AAUCAACAACAUUAUACAUAAAAACUUAUUUUAUGUCUUAUAUUUGAGGGAACAAGGGGAAAAAAAGCCUUUUUUUGGUGGUGCUCAUUUACUAUUUGGAACCACUCUCACGACAGCUGCAGUGAUUAUUUACAAGCUAUCAUUUAAACAGAAAGGAGUCGCUUCUGCAAUUUGUGCGAAUUUCAUGGGGACAGGAUGGGGGAAAAGGUCCUUCAAUUCUGAAAUGACCCACUUGUUUCAAUUGACACCUAUUAAAGUGGCUUCCCCGGGUGAUAAAGAGCCGGGGGCUCGCCCCAAUUGACAGAUGUUACCUUGAAAAGUCAAGUCUGAUUGGACAACGACGCCCCUCAAGAGGCUCAGAGCCGAAAUGAAGUGUUCCCCCUUCCCUCCCACCCUUCCCAGGGUGUCCCAUUCACUUUCGAUGGGCACUCUUCUGCCCCUCCUCCCCAACACCAAAGAAAUAACAGCGUGCGUUCAACUCCAGUCAAUUUGUCGAGCGGCGGCAGUCCAAGCCUUUCUGCUUCUCCGUCCACAACGGUGACGAAUCCCGGAGUGGGUCCACGCGGCUCUGGAGCAUCAAGGGAGAGAGAAAGAGUUGCAGUGCGCUCUUUUAGGGACGCAUUUACGCACGCAAAUCGCGCACUGGGAUUUACUGGAUUUCAAGAGACACUUGGGCAUUUGAUGGAAUUAUAACAUCUUCACCAUGAUACCAAAUAUAAAGCAGAUCCUGUGGUUUUAUUGUCUCUGUGAAGCAGCAACCGCAAGCGUCGCCAACACAUUAUCAAUCAUCAAGCCAGUCACUGGCGCUCUCUCCGGGAAGGUUAGCCUUCCGUGUUUCUUCUCCACGAUUCCAACCUCGUCACCAGUCAACCCAAAUGCCACCAGCAUUUUUUCCAGAGACUACUUACGCAUCAAAUGGACCAAAUUAGAGGGGGACGUUGAGUCAACGGUUUUAGUAGCCCAAAAUGGGAUCAUCAAGAUCGGCUCCAGUUACAGGAACCGGGUCUCCGUGCCCAGUCAUCCCGAGAUUGUGGGGGAUGCCUCGUUGACGAUGGUCAAGCUGCUUGCGAGCGAUGCUGGCACGUAUCGCUGCGAGGUCAUGUUCGGCAUCGAGGACACCCGCGAUACUGUUGACCUCAACGUCGAUGGUGUCGUCUUUCACUACCGCACCAAGAACAGCAGGUACACAUUGGACUACCAGACGGCUGUCCAAACUUGCAAUGACAUCGGCGCAACCAUCGCCACGUACGACCAGCUGAAAGCCGCGUACGAGGACGGUUUUGAUCACUGCGAUGCUGGAUGGAUUGCCGACCAGACUGUCAGAUACCCCAUCGUAAAUCCCAGAAAGGGCUGCUUUGGCAACCUACAGAAUAAACCUGGUGUGAGGUCAUAUGGAAUCAGGAAACCGACAGAAACGUACGACGUUUACUGUUAUGUGGACAAACUUUACGGUGAUGUGUUCUACGCUCCCGUGUCUCAGAAAAUGACUUUUGAAGAAGCAAAGGAAGAAUGCAAGAAGAGAAAUAGCCAGCUGGCAACUCCCGGCCAGCUUCACGCCGCCUGGCGACGAGGUCUCGACAGGUGUGACUACGGCUGGCUUUCGGACGGCAGUGCGCGAUAUCCAGUUUCUGUACCCAAACUUCAGUGCGGCCGAGGCCUGCUGGGAGUCAGAACCAUGUACCGCUAUCGGAACCAAACCGGAUUCCCAGAAGUGACAACCCAGCUCGGGGCUUACUGCUUUAGAGGAAGGAAACUGGUAAUCAACCAAACUUCUUUUGUGGAUGUAUUUGUCAUCAACGACACAAGCACCACCUUCAGUUCCUCCACCGUUCCUUUACUUGAGAGUAGCUCGGUUGCUCAAACCCAAACCUCUGAAACUGGAUCAGAGGCUGAAGAGGACACCGUUACCACAGAUUCUCCGUCCAUGUUUUCUACUAGUAUGGUUCCACCACGUCCUACUCUGGCAGGAACAGAAGAGGAGUUAUUUACCACAGUGGCACCGACCAUUUUGGAAGAUCAUGAAGAAGACAUUGACGAUCUAAAACCAGUAGACCCGGACUUUGAUGUUGAUGACUUUGUACAUGAGAAUGUAACCUUUCUCGAAUCGGUUCCCCAUCGUGGUGACACAUUGCCCGAAGCAAUGGAAGAUCCAGACGAUCAUUCAGUCAUAGAGAUCAGCACCAUCGAAACCGAUGCGGUACUGCACGAUGCCUCUCCUAGAACAGAGCCCAUGUUUGCUGAGGGGGAAACAGAGGAAACUAUCCUGAAUUCUAAUCUGACCGAUGCCGACACAGACGUUGAAAGUGAACACGUUAUCAGUUUGUCAAAAACAACACCAACUGACUCAACUCUACCAUUCCCGUUCUAUGAUGAGAUUGAGACAGAUUUACUGGUGGAGACACCACCACCUGCAGUCACAGGACAGUCACAGGACAUCUUGCCCAGCACAGACGAGAUCACCACCACCGUCAUUCCCACCACCACCGUCAUUCCCACCAGCACCAUUUUUAUGUGUAACACCAAGCCUGGCGGCACUGAGGUGGACGUCAGCACCGUCGCACCAUCACCGCUGGAAACAACCACGCAGAACAAAGUCCUAAUACAGCAUGUAGUGACCCCAGAAGAAAGUCUGUUUGACACCGGUACCGGUACUCCCAUGCUCGUUGAAGAUGUGACAUCCGAUGAUGGGUCGACGAGUGUCUUUGACCAGUCCACCGAUCAGGUGUCAGAACAAAACCACGACACCCUCACAUUGAUUGACACGACAGAAAACAUUGAUGCCGAGUUCUUCACACCUGCUGCGGUGGUUUUAACUGCAAACAGCAACAGCACUGCCCCGGAAGCAACGGUCACAAAGGAAUCAUCCACCAAAGAGACCACCACUACCAUGCCUGAGCAGAACGUAUCAGAUGCCCAGAUCCUUCACUCGCAGAACUCUCAGUCUCCAGUCUUGCUUAACCCUUCCAUCGCCUCAAUGGUAGAUGGUGACCCCAUCCUCCAGAGCGGCCGCCCAGACUUGUCCCCUACUACUGUAACUACCACCCCAAUUGUUAGUUUUAUUAAUGGAAAACAUGAGAUAACACAUGACCCACUGAGUCCAGAGGACAAAGAAGCCAAAGGUACUCAAAUUGUGACAAAUGUGAAACAUUUAAGAGGAAACGUAGAAAACACUACACAGAUUGAUUAUGGACGGGCCAACCUCUCUGAAGAUAGCGUCACUGAAUUGAAAGAAGGGUUCCUCUCAAGCACAGAUAAACUGAACCUAGAUGACCCAGUCUCUGAUAUUAUCCCAGCAGUUGAAACAAAUCCCCCUCCAGUUUUUCCUGGACGUGAGGAAGCCUCACAGAAAGACAAAACUUCUGCUCCAACUGCAAUUGUGGGAGACAUCACAUCAUUUAAAACCACACAAAACGCCGGCUCCGAAACCACAUACGGCAUGUUGGUUGCAGCUACUUCUGCUCAUUUCUUUCCGACACCAUCACCAUCUGAUGCACAUAUGACCGAAAUAUCAGAGGAUAGCCAAAUAACCAUGUCAGAUAUUGUAACCUCCACUGUCAUCACCACAACUGCACAGAAAGAGCGAGACAAGUCAAGCGGCGCUCCCACAUCGAUGAGGAGUGACUCACAAGUGACUCAAACAGACAAGGCAAAGGAUCCAUCCCUUUUUACUUUGGCAACAAAUCUUCACACAGACAGAAACAUAGUUCACCCAACAAUAGAAAUAAAAAGCUCAUCUGCCCCACCAGCUGCUGAAGAUUCCUCCCAGGCUUCUCUCCAGACUGUAUACAUUCCCUUGUCUCAUGAUAAGGAUGAGAAAACAAGUACAAAGAGCAGCAUUACGGAAGGAAUGUCAAAACCAUUCGUAGUACAAGUGGCACCAACAAUUUCAUCUGACAUCAAUCUAAUGUCAAUGCCAUCCUCUACCUUUAAUUCCACACCAAGUACACUUUCUAUUGACAGCACUGAGUCUUCAGUACUUCCAAGUAUAUCCUCUAGUUCUGCUGAUAUUUAUGAUGACAUUAUAAGUAGUGAGACUAUGAUCGUUGAGUCUGUUCCUUCAUUGAGUCUAUCAACCAUCGCAACUGGAACAGGUUCAUUAUUCUUUAGCAAAGAGGGGUCAGCAGAUGACACGGAUGAGUUUGCUGAAGAGUCUAAUAUCAUAACAACUACUAUCUCUUCAAAGUUUAGUACAGACACGCCAGCAACAACAGCCUCACAAGGAAGUGAAACAAGUGUCAUUUCGAGGGGUUCUGAUACUACUGCAGCAUCCGUUUAUCACACUGAGAAGCAAAACCCAAUAUAUCUUGAAAUGCAACCAUUAAGUACAGUUCAUGCCGAGGAAGUUCAAGAUGGUUCAGGUGACCAAAAUCCGGACAUGAUCAUUCUGACAUCUUCUGUGACUGCUGCGUCGGCACUCGACAGUGCAGAAGUAUCUACUGCCAAAUCUCCAAUUCUAACAUCUACCACCGAAGAAGUUAAGGUCAUGUUUGCAAACACUGAGUCCAGUCUAUCUGUCAGUGGGUCAAGCUUGACACCUGAAACUGAAUCAUCAUCUGGAGACAUGGCUAUCGAGCUCACUGGAGACUCGUUCAUGUCACCGACGACUUCCCCCUCAAUAAUUAGGACGAAUACCAAAGUACACCAAGCAAUCACGAAGAAUUCUGGAGGCAUAACAGACGCCGCUAUUGGAGGUUCAAAAAUCCCAACACCUACUGUUUCAUCUAUGUAUAGUACAGAGGCGCCAGCAGUGAUAGCAUCAACUUCAAGGUCUCAUGAAAUUCAAACAUCAUCAGAUAUGGCUGGGACAGAUAAAGUGGUAUGGACAACAGGUUCAACUUCUUUUAUGAGUCUAGCAGAUCAAGAUGCUCCAGAUAUUAAAGAUGAAACCAUCAGCACAAAAUCCAUUCCAUCUGUCAUUGGUUCAACUAUGACACCUAAAACAGAAUCGUCAGUCAGCAACACCUUUUCCGAAGGUUCUGGAGAUGAGCUCACUGGGGAAUCUUUUAUUUCAACAACUAUUUCCUUUUCAUCAUUUCGCACUAAUACUCCAGAAGUGACAACAUCACAUGGAACGAGUGAGAUGGAGGACUCAUCACUUAUACCUGAAAAGAAUGAAUAUUUUCCGGAAAAUCAGGAAGAGGGUUCAGGCGAACAAAAGACUGAAGUGUCACAAAAACUGCCAGCAUCUCCAAACACUUCCUUGUUGUUGAGCACCAAACAAACAACAGAAAGCCUUGAACCAGGCAUUACAUCAAUUACAGGAAAACCAUCAAUUUCUCUGGUGUCCGACAUGACCAAUCCAACACCAACCAUCAGUGGCCCAACCAUGAGAAGUGAAGGGGCAUCAUUCUCUUCUACCACACUUAAAGAAAGUUCUGGAGAUGGCGCUGAUAUUUUUAGUGGAGCGUCAGAAAUCACACCAACUUCUGUUUCCUCAAUGUUUAGCACAAAAACACCAAGAGCGACAUCGCAAGAAGAUGGGAUACAAGACAGUUCAAAGAAACCCUUAACGACUGCUUCAUCCCUUUAUAGUACUGAAAAAACAACUCAAGUGCAUCCUGAAAUGCAAAAUUCAUUAAGUUCAGCUACGAGUAAGGAAGCUUUGGCUCUGACCCCAGUUGAUCGAGAUGGUUCAGGUGAACAGACUCAAAACUUGCUCCAUCAGACAUCUUCUCCCAACACCGAAUCUCCUAACAUUACUGGGGCAUCACCUGCAGAAUCUCCUGUGAGAUUAUCAACUCUACCAGACAUUCCAAUUGAAAUUGUUAGCACUGAACUAAAUCCAUCGGACAAUGAACCUAGCAUCACUCCCGAAACAGAUUAUUUUAAAGAUAUUGAUGAUGGAAUUAUGGGUGGUGUGCUUGUUGAGUCCUUACCUUCUUUACAUAGAACAACCAUGAUGCCUGGAAUGUCAAUAGACAUUGAAAGUUCUGGGGACUUCAUCAAUGAGUUUCCUGGAGAGUCAAAAGUCAAAACAACCACUGUGUCUUCAAUGUUUAGUACAGAGACACCAGCUGUGACAGCAUCACGUGAGGAUGUUACACAGGAUGAAAAAUCAAGUACUGCCACAUCAUCCCUGUAUAGUACUACGACAACGCCUCCAAUGUCUCAUCACAUUACAACUUCUGUUCAAGUGCCAGUAGAUCAAGAUGGUUCAGGUGACCAAACCAUUUUCAUUUCACAAGACAUUUUCAUUCCAACAUCUUCCGUUACUACAGCUACUCUGUCCAUCACUGAGGCACUAACAGAACCUCCGACUAGUCCAUUUAAGGUCACGAAUGUUGAGAAUUACGAUGUAAGCACUGAGUCCAUUUCAUCAGUUAUUGGAUCAAGUAUAACACCUGCUACUGAAUCAUUGUCAUUAUUCAGCACAACUUUAAAUGAAGGUUCUGGUUCUUUUCCUUCUCUGAGUGAAUCAACCAUCCAACCUGCAAUGUCAUCAUCCUUCCCUGUCACUAACACAGAUGGAUCUGGGGAUAGCAUCGAGGACUUUACUGGAAGUAUUGUUUCAGUGUCUCGUACAGAUACACCACCGGUGACCGUAUCAUAUGGAAACGAAACUAAUACUUUCUCAAACACCUCAAUCACUGUGUCAUCCCUCCACAGUACUGAGGCACCGACAGCAGAACCUAUGAUCCCAUCUACGUCCGUCCUUGGAGCAAAUAUGACACCUGAAACUAACAUUUCAGUCAGUACCAUUGAUGGCACAGUCACUCUCGUUGAUCAGACUGGAAAGUCAUUCAUUUCAGCAACAACUUCCUCAUCGUCAGUGUUUAGCACUGGCACCUUGUCAAUGAGAGUAUCACAUGAAACGCCUUCUGAACCCCAUGCACAUGUCAUAAAAAAUGAGGACUCAUCAUUACUUCCCACUUCAACAGAUAUUGAAGAAGAGAGCUCAGGUGAACAAAUUACGAUGACCCAAAUGGUUCUUUCAUCUCAGACGGCGAUAUCAGUGCUUCGCACGGAAAGACCAACACAACUGCCACUCCAGGAAAAAGAGACUUUUACCAAAGUCGAUUCUUUGUACAGUACUAGUUCUCUUGAGCCAGUGUCAAGUAAGACAACAGAAACUUAUGGAAAGAGGUUGUUUUCAGUUACUGCAGCGGAUUUUGAGAGUUCUGGAGAUGACACUGACGGGUUAACCAGAGAACCGAAAAUCACAUCUCCACUUGCAUCUGGAGUGAAUACAUCAGACGGUGAUUCAACUAGUGACAUUUCAAAGACAUCUACUACUGUUGCAUCGCCCUUCUUCAGUGUGGAGAAAGCAACUGCAACUGUAUCGUCUGCUGUUUUGGAAAUCUUGGACAUCGAUGAUGAUGGAAUUAGCAAUGACACCAUGCUGGUUGAGGCUAUUCCUUCCCACACCGGCUCAACCACCAAACUUGGAAUUUUACCAUAUGCUACUACCUCAGAUUAUGAGAGUUCUGGAGACAGUACAGAUGGAUUUAUGAAGGAGCUGGCAAGACCAACCAUUUCCUCAAUGUUCAGCACAGAGACACCAGCAAUGACAGCAUCACAAGAAUCUCAAAACAGUCAAGCCUCAACAGUAUCAGUAACACAGUCAUCUUUCCAUAGUACUAAUAAACCUACUUCAGUGUCUCCGGAAAUACAAAAGUAUGUGACUACAGCUAAGACUGAUGGAGUGAUGUUCACAAUGAGGACAAAACCAUUCCCUGAUCAUCUCGAAGGGUCGGGUUAUCAAACCCAAGACGUAUUUGCAAAGACAUCUUCUGUCUCCAACACUGAGAUGCCUGAACUUGAGGCAACAUCUGCCGUAUCAACUGCAAAUGACAAGAGCAACAUGAAUGUAGCCAUUGAAGAAACAAUUACAAUUAUGAGCUCUGCGUCUUCCCUCAGCCCUGAGAAACAAUCACCUGAGUCAGAAUCGCUCACUUCUUCUGGUCAAGUAAAAGGCUUCACUGAAGCAACACCUACUUCCAAUCUCCAUGGCCAAUCUACAUUACCAGGAAUCACUACUACAACAGCUGCGCAGUCCAUAAACACACAAACUAAAAUACAACCGAGCACUUCAGCUAUUCCAAUCAUAAAUGAAUUUGAUGCAGGUUCUGCGAUCAUUAUUCCAGAACAGGACAGCUCAAAUGGACAAACAACUGAAAUUUUAACAGAGGAGUCUUCUAGUUUGCCGUUUCUGUCAAUGACAGAUAAUACAGUGAAACAUAGCAGCCACUCAGCUGUUGUGAUUGGCACCUCUCAGGAGAUGUCUACAAAAUAUCCAGCUUCCCUUAAGCCUUCCAUUCAAAUAAUUGAUGACACAGAACGUAUUGAUCAAAACCCCCCGACAAAAGUCACAGGGAAAACAUCUGAAAACAUCUCUUCAAUGUUUAGUACAAAAACACCAACACUAUCAACAGCAUCAUAUUCAAUGGAAGGAAAUGGCAAAGAUUAUUCUCAUUAUAGCACUGAUACUCCAAUUUCACCCAUUACACAAAAGAACACAGACAAAAGCAUCGUCACAGUGAUGUUGCCCACUGCUGAUCGGACAUUGACUGUGGAGCCUACUUCUCACCCUGUCUCAUCAACAUCUUUGUACAGCCCAGUGAAAGCUGCAAUGACAACUAUUUCACUUCUAAGUACAACAGGUUCUGAUGCAGAGGUUAUCAACAUUCAUGAGGGCUCUGGAGACCUAACUUCUGCUUUGACAGGCUUUACACUUGCCAACACAGAGUCCCCAGCAGCUUCAAAAGAAAGCAUCAGCAUGGACAUGAAUUCAACCUCAAGGAAAACUCUUGCUCCUACUACUCGUGCAACAUUUCCCACAAUUGAUGCAGGUUCAGAUGACGUCCCAUCGGAUCCCGUUUCAAUGAUGUUUAGCACAGAGAAACCAUUUUCAACCUUUGCAGGGCUAAACCCUUCCACCGAGGCUCAUACAGAAGAGGCUGCAAUUCAUGUUCUUUCAGAAUCUGUCAACCCUACCACUGUUUCAAAACCCCAAGUGACUUCAGUGUCUUCUCUGUUUAGUGCUAAGAAACCUACAUCAAUGACACCCAUUGAAGCUCGAAGCACAGCCUCUUUACCGGCUACAACAGAACAAAGUCGCAAUGCAGAGAGUCAAAAUGUCGGAAGCUUAGGAGAUGUCACAUCUGCUAUUACAAUUGAUUUAUCCCCAGUCACACCAAAAGAAGAAUCAUCUGUAGAACAGGUAAUCUUGUCCAAAACCACAAUCACACCAUUAGUUACGGGUACAGAAGAAAGUUUGGGGGAUAGUUUGUUUGCUAUUUCAUCAAAUCCUCGUAUAAUUGAAGGGACGCAACCCGUGGAAGUGCCAAGUCAUUCUCUGUUUCCCUCAAAAGAAUCAUCCGCUUAUGGUGACAUGGAGAGCUCUGGGCUUCCACCUGAAGAGGUUGAUUUAGAGAUAAGUUCAGAUGGAUCAGGUGGAGAUGUAGCCAUUGGUAAAACUGAUGAGACAGAACUAGACAAGAGCACAGAUGAUACAUUAACUCCACCUAGCAGGCAGUCCACACAGGAAUUUAUAUUAUCAACACAAUCCCCAGACAAGACUAGCGAUGAGAUUUACAUAACUGAGCAAGGAAGUGGUGUCUUCGAUGAGGAUUUAACACCUGAGGAUACGGUCUUAACCUCAUCGCCCCCAGCCCUCACAGCCACAAGUGGGACUGAUGAAACGUCACCUAUACCCUCAAAAAUUUCUAUACAUUCAGACACUGUUAAACAACACACGCCGAUGUUUACACCUACCAGUCAAAUAUCUGACCAAAAGUCAAGUGUGUAUGACUCAGACGAAGGCUCUGGAGGAGAAAAUGUCUUCAGUACUAAAACCACAGCAACAAGAGAUUCUGAAAUUAUUAGUGGAGCUGACAAUGGCAGAAAAACAACAAGCAUUUGGCCAUCUUUCUACAGUACUGUCAAACCAAUGCACAGUUUGGCACCUGAUGUUCCUGGCACCUCAAGUAAUGAAAGGUUGACAGAUUCAACAGUGAAUCCAAAAACAAUAUCCCAUCUAGAUGUGUUGCCGGAGCCUGGUAGUGGGGAGGCUGAAAUACGUCAAUCAACUGAUGCUUCAAGUCUCUACAGCACUGAGAAGGCAACCGCUACUUCCUUCAUGUAUCUUUCUAAGACACAAUCACAUGAACACAUUCAUGCAACAGAACAUCCAACAGCUGCUACUCCUAAGACGCUCCUCACAACAUCAUUAUAUCCGACAGCUACAGAAGGCUCCGCUGACGAGAUCUCAGAUGACACAACCGCUUCGCCGAUCAUAGUAACAUUUGAUAAUAGAAAUACUUCUACACGAUCGACUCUUUUGAGCACAGAUAAAGCCAUAAGGUCCCAAGAGCAGGAAACAAAUAAUGUAACCACAAUGCAACAUGAAGCGGGAACUGUUUCACAUUUCUCUGACAGAAUAACAUUAAGCCCAUCACAGGAUGAGAGCACUGUGGAACAUGUCACAUCUUCAUUUACCAAAGACUCAUUUUCUACAACUACAAUGUUUCCCAUUGACUGGUCAAGUCAGUACCUGGACCCAAGUGGCACUCAUGCUGAAUUGGAAUAUAAUACAUUUGAGCCCUCACCGACUAAUGAAAUAAUUUCACUUGAUACAACUUCACAAUCUAGUUCAUCUGCAAAACCAGAAGAAGAAAUUACUUGGAUGAAAUUUGAAAGCUCUCCUGAAAGCUCAAGUGAGCACAGCCCACGUGGAAUAACUGAAUCAGCUUCAGUGCAAUCAGAAAGUACCACAUCAUCUUCUAGCGAACAAGUGUCCUAUGUUGAAACUGUGACUUCAACUACAGCGGCACCAGAUACAGCUGGUGAAAGUUCCUCAGACAGUGAGGAAGCUUCUGUGUCAACAGAGACAAGUUUCAUCACCUCAACAGAAGAAGACGGUUCAGGGGUUACAAUACCAAGCAUCUACAAUGCAGACUUGGGUAGUUCAACGUCACCUCAGACAGAGUCAUCUUUCUAUGAAGAAACACCUGGUUCUACAUCUAUGAAUACUCCAAUGACAGAUGAUUACUCAACCCUGCCCCCUGGUAUGUCCCAAAUUUCUACUGAGUCAGUAUCGACAGAUGUUGAGAAUAAGGAGACUCAAUUCAUUGACAGAACAAUGCAUACUGGACAGAGCACGACCAGCUACCAGGUGGUGGCUACAACAAAACCAGAAGAACACAUUUCAGAAGUCCCUUUUGGAUCACUACCUUCAAAGGAAAGUAUUUUGGUGAAGUUUGUCACAACCUUUGCCCCUCCAAAACACCCAACACCCUCCCGAGAAUCAUUGGAGCAAGCCCAGUCACAGAUUGCUAUCACAAAUCGCCCUCAGACUGAUUUCUCCUCGGAAGAUGUAUCACCGACCAGUCUUACGUCUGCAAAACAGUUUGAGGAAUUAACAACCAUUGCCCCUUCAGUCACCGAGCCUGCGUCCGCCACAGUGGCUUUAGCUACAAUUGACCUUACAGAGGAACUAGUUUCAAGUGGUGAAAUGACUGAAUCACCUCCAGAAACAGAUGUCCGAGUAACACAGUCUCCACCUGACAGCGCUUAUGAAGGCCUAACUGAAGAGACGCCAGACUAUGAGGAUUUAAAUCCCAAUAUAGUAGAAAGUAUUCCAGAAGACACUGGAAGUAUAAAAUCAACAGAAACAACAAUGUACACUACUAGCCAAGCUGCUGACAGUCAGCCUUCAGACUCACUGAACAGUAUCGGAAGAGAAACAGUCACUUCUGCAUUGUCUGGAAACUUGAUCACCACAACAUACCCAGGAUCAAAUGAUAUCCAGACAGUCUUCAAGGUAGAUGCUACCACCACUGCAUCUAAUGUGGAGUCAACGACCGUUCAUAGCGUUGGGAUAGAGGAGGGUGCGGAUAAGACAGAACGAUCCACAGUAAAGCCACAAGUCCAAGAGUUCACAAAGAUGACACCAGUUGAAACUCAAAGCCAGAAUGCAUCAGUGGACCCCACCCAACCGCUUUCCGGCAAUGAUCACAAACUCGACUGUGACAUAACACUUCCAUUGCUCACUGAAGGAGAAACACAUUACCAGGCAUGUGACCUGGACCACAUCAUUGUAGGAGAUACUGUUGACAUUUACGUAAUUGAAUCGUGUCUAGAAAACAUUUGUUUGAAUGGAGGAUCUUGCUUCAUGAGUGGCAGCAUCCAAAUAUGCAACUGUGCACCGGGCUUUGAUGGUGAUCACUGUGAAACAGACAUUGAUGAAUGCCAGUCCAACCCUUGCCGCAAUGGAGGUACAUGUGUUGAUGGGUUGGCUUCCUUCGCUUGUCUCUGCCUCCCGAGCUAUUCUGGGCAGUUUUGUGAGAAGGAUACAGAGACGUGUCCGUAUGGCUGGCACAAGUUUCACGGCCAGUGCUACAAAUAUUUCCAAAGUAGAAGAAACUGGGAUACAGCAGAGAGAGAUUGCCGCAUGCAAGGGGGUCACCUGACGAGCAUCCUUUCCCAUGAGGAGCAAUUUUUUGUCAACCGUCUCGGACAGGAUUACCAGUGGAUUGGCCUGAAUGAUAAAAUGUUUGAUAGUGACUUCCGCUGGACUGAUGGGAGCCCCAUGCACUACGAAAACUGGAGCCCCAGCCAGCCCGACAGUUUCUUCUCUUCCGGGGAGGACUGUGUGGUGAUGAUCUGGCAUGAGGACGGCCAGUGGAAUGACGUUCCGUGCAACUACCAUCUCACCUUCACCUGCAAGAAGGGCACAGUGGCGUGCAGCCAGCCUCCUCUGGUGGAAAACGCACGGACCUUUGGGAGGCAACGUGAACGCUAUGAGAUCAACUCGCUGGUGAGGUACCAGUGCGGCAUGGGAUACAUUCAGAGGCACCUCCCAACCAUCCGUUGUCGGAGCAACGGACACUGGGACAUUCCCAAAAUCACCUGCAUGAACCCAUCCAACUAUCAAAGAAGCUUCUUUCGGAAACAUCACCACACAAGGGUGUACAGCAUCACCCACUUCAGACAAUGGCCGGAUCACCAGGGCUUCCGUCUCCACCAUCAGCGUUACAGGGGACGGAGAGAUAAGCCGGAACAAAAACGGAAGAGGAUGUGAUUACCAAUGUGGAUGGAGGACAAAUCAAUUAUUUGUGCGCCAACACAAAACAAAACAAAACAAAAACA